AUGAAUGAUGAACCUUCCGAAGAAAAUCCUUCUAACAUACAUUCAGAUGAUGAUAACAUAUCCAUUGCCUUUACAACAUAUUGUGAUCAACGAUUUUUACAUGAUGGUUCUACAGAUACUUCUAAUUUUCGACAUGAAGAAUUAUCAGAUGAAGAUAGCGAUACUGAUGAUGAUGAAAAUUUAGAGCUUGAUAUUCCAGAACAACCAAUACGAAAUCAUCAUCGUACUCGAUCUAUAACAACAAUAACACUUCCUCUUUAA